AUGUCGGCCAGCGUUGCGCAUGCGCAUGCCCAGGCCCAUCCCAACCCCCAUCCCCAUCACAGCAGCUUCGCCCCCUCGCACAAGCUCGAGGACCAAGCUGCCUCUGCGGCAUUAUCUGUCGUUCGAGACACGCCCACCACCAAGCACAGCACCUCGUCAAUCCUCGACGAGGAAGGCCGGCUAUCUGCUGCCAGUGUGUCAACCCCGCCCUUGUGUGCCCUCCAGAAUCUCCAAGCAACCCCUCGCAUCCAAUUCACAAUACUAACUGCCGCCCCAGGUGCAGCGCUCUCUCUGAAAUACGCCCGAGCUCAAGACCUCCCUUCGUAUCCUUCUGCCGGCGGCGUCAAACUCGCUUCCGCUGGAGCCGCAGCAAGCCUCGCAGAAUCCAAAAAGAGGUCCAUAGAACUCUGGACUCCCGGCGUCAUCCCCCAGGCGAACACGGCUGCCUACAGAGCAAAAGACUAUGAGAUGGAACCUUUGUGGAAGCCGGAGCUGAGCCGGGCGGGCUCCCAGGCGGCAUUGGCUGCACAUCGGGAUGCUGCACCGGUAGACAUUUGGACGGCUCCAGAAACAGAGCAAGGACAUUCUGCCGCAUCCUCAGCUUUGCAGAACCCAAAAUCACCCCCACCCAUUACUGAGAGACACGUUUCAAGUGAUGGACGACAGAAGGCACUCUUGGCUGCGACAGCAUCCUUGUCCGGUGGAAGACGGCGAGCAGAGUCCGCUCCCACACGGCCAGCGCCGACACCAGUUCCCUCUGCCUGGGCCAUCAAGGCUGCUACAUCAUCUCAAAAUGUGAGGCCUCCGUCUUCACCGACCCCACCCUCAACGAGCGAAUUGUCGGGCGUGGAUGCCGCCAGGGUCCAACACAUUGCCAAGAGCAACGUCUCCAGGCAGAUGUACACGUCCAAUCCGCCGGUUGCGAUAGAAGUGGAAGAAAGGAGAAGGCAAGAAAUGCUACGCGCCUCAGCCGUGGCCAUGGCUCGAAAGAUGUUUGCCAUUCAACAAGUUCAGAUCGACGAGGCAAGGGGAAUUCACCGUUCACAAAGUCACUAUGCUGCAUACACCGCUCGGCGACGCGCUCAAUCCGACGCCGCAAAUCAGCCAGCAACCACCGAUGCAGUGCCACGAUACGAGAACCUGGAAGAGGCCGCCCGCAGACUGGCGCAGGAGCGACUCGCCAAGCUACACGAUGAACACGCCGAAUAUCGGCAGUACUAUGGACAGCAGACCGCGCCACCUAGAUCACGGCUUACAUUACGCCGCGGUCGGCGGACGUCUGACAUCAGAGAGGACGAUGACUCUGACUUGGAAGAAUCACGCAAGAUCCGAGCGCAAAUGUCUUUAUUCCAGGGCAAGCUCGCCGAGGUUGACAGCAAGAAGCGACAAGCUGACAGAGAUGCAUUGCUUGCGGUGGCACAUAAAAAUGUGACGGCUCGCAUGAACGCAAUGGAUGAAAAGGUAUUUUCCGAAACCGGCAAGACGAGUCCACAACAACGCGAGUUGUGGGAGCGUCAGGCUCGGGAAAGAGCUCAACGCGAAAGCGAUGAAAGGCUGCUUCAUGUGGGCAAAGUUCAUAUCGGAGGUGGCAAGUACCUGGAACACUCGGAGAUUGAGGCGAUUGCGAAGGCUCGACUGCAACCGACCUUGGACGAGAUUACCGAAAAAGCCGAACAACAAAGGGCCAAGGAUGAGGAACUCAGAUUGGAACAAGAGAGGCUCAAGGCUGAACAAGAGGCCGAGAAGAAACGCCAAGCAGAUAUUAAGGCGGAACAGAAAGCCGUUGUCGACCGCGAAAAGGCCGAACAAAAGGCUCAAAAAGCAGAGGAGAGACGAAUACAGCAAGAGCAGAAGCAUGAAGAGAGACGGCUGCGUACAGAACAAAAGGCUACCGAGAAGAAAGCCCGGGGUGAGGCCAGUACGGCGGAACGAGAGCGUCGGCGGACCGAGAGGGAAGAAAAGAGACAGACUGAACCUGGCAAAACUCGAUUCCUUCCAAGCUUCCUUGGCAGAGGGGCUGUCACAGCUGGGGCUGCCGCAGGUGCUGCGACAGCUGCCGUUGCAGAGGUCACCGCGGACGUGGUUGGCGGAGGAGCAAGAGCCCUGACGGCAGCCUCCGCAGUCCCAGGAACCAUGACGGCCGAAGGCGGCGAGGUCGCCGGUGAAACUGUGCAUGAUCAAGUGACAUUGGAUCCGAACGAAGCCGCACACGCAGUGGCUGCAGCAGACACCGAGGACAAGGCACAACCGUCAGAGGAGCCGAGAGAGGUCGCUCAAACGGCAGAGGAAGAGGCUGAGCCGAAAGACCAUGUUGGUACGACGCCAUAUUCCAGCACGACGCCACCACAGGAACCGACAUUUCCAACAUCUCCGACAUCCCCAACCUCGCCAAGCUCACCUUCAAAGCGAGAUUCGCGAGUGAAGACAUGGUUUAGGAGACUCAGGGCGGGAAGCAAAGCAGAAAAUGAUCUUCCGGAGCACACUGCGGCCAUAGAGACGGAUCCAAAACAGAAUAUAGACACGGGUGGUCAGACAACCGAACCCGUCAAGGACGAAGACGAUCAAGCCGCCACAGAUUCGAUCCGAGACGUUGCCCUCGCAGGCCGGAGCGACAACGAGACAGACGACAUGUAUGGCGGUUCUGUCAAACCCUACGGGAGAAUCUCACCGAUCCACGAUGGACCUGUGAUCGGGGAAAACACUGGACCCGGCCCAACUGUGACUCCUGGUACAAAGGAACGAGACGUCAGCCCUCCAUCAGACACAUCAUCGCUGAGUGAAGAGCCAUACGUGAUCGCUGCGGACGUGGCUUCUUCCAAGUACUCGACUGAGCACGCUGGGUCGAAGAGGGACUCGGGAUUCGAUCAGCUGGCCACACUGACAGACGAGGACGAAGAGCCCCGUGGGAGGAAAGGAUUCCGGGAAAGGUUUUUGAAAAAAGUCAUCCCUGGACGGGACAAAGACAAAGAGAAGCAGAAGCCUGGACCUUCAGAGAGCGCAGCUGGCACUGCUACAGGGACAGCCCCGACGUCGGCUCCAGCUCCAGCUACAACUAUAACACAUCCCGCAGCAACAGAACCUCAAUCGGAACCACAAUCCCAGCCGGCCGAGGCAGAAGAAGCGGGCGAAGCUCAUGCCAACCCAGAUGAGCAUGUCCUCUCCGAAACGGAACCCCUGCGCGAGAAGGUGCAGGAACCCUCAACCACAUCUACCGAAGCGACGGGAAAUACGACCGUCACAGGUACCACAACACCUGCGUUGACGCACGCGCAGACGAAUGGCGAUGAUGACGAGGACUUCGAUGAGGCCAGGGACACCUUUGACGAAGGUCGGCUGGUGAGUGCGUCCAAGGUUGACAGCGGGGCGGCGAGACUGGUCGAUGUCGUGAGUCCGACGAGUGCGAAGAAGAGCGAAGAGAAGAGUAGGGAGGGGAGCAGGUUCACAGAGGAGCUGUAG